GUCCUUUAAUCGAUGAACAAGGUUCUUCAGUUAGGUCUCCAGAGCUCCGUCGUCCAAGCCGCCAAGUUUCUGGUGGUGGUGCCCUUUAGGAGCUUAAGAUUUGCUUCAUCAAUCGUUGGUGUUAGAGUAGGAACAAGUAGUUUCAACAAGAGACUUAUGUCAAAUGCUACAGCAAAGUCUGUACCUUUAUCUAUCAACAACAUCAAGGGAAAGCCAAUGAAGGGAAGUGAUAAUGACAUUGAGGCGAUGACGGUUCAAGAACUUAGAGCCAGAUUGAGGAAACUUGGACUACCUGUGAAGGGACUCAAAAAAGAACUUAUCUCAACUUUACAACUUCAUAUGGACAACAGUUCACCAGAUGAAAGUUCUGGUGCAGAGAAGGAGACUACUUCAUCCACCCUUUCAGAGACUGUCACUAUCAAAAGAAAAAUCAGAAACCAGGAAGAGGCUAAUGAUGAUGCUUAUGGCAAUGACAAUGGAGAGAAGAAAGUUAAACAGUCUACUGAGAAAAACUUGAAAGUUAAAGUUUCUUCAAAAGAGGAAGAAGCAUCACUGACCAUUGCCAUCUCAUCCUCCAAUCAAAGUGAACCGUGGACGGUACUUGCUCAUAAGAAGCCUGAGAAAGACUGGAAAGCUUACAACCCAAAGACAAUGAGACCUCCUUCUCUACCAGAGGGUACCAAGUCUGUGAAGAUCAUGACUUGGAACGUUAAUGGACUGAGAGCUUUAUUGAAGUUAGAGAGCUUCUCUGCUCUUCAGCUUGCACAAAGAGAAGAUUUUGAUGUGUUGUGCUUACAGGAGACUAAAAUCCAGGUGAAGGAUGUUGAGGAGAUCAAGAAAGCUCUUAUUGAUGGAUAUGAUCAUAGUUACUGGUCCUGCAGCGUCUCUAAGCUUGGUUACUCUGGAACUGCUAUUAUCUCACGGAUAAAACCACUCUCGGUUAGAUAUGGUACUGGUCUAUCUGGAUCAGACCAUGACAUGGAAGGACGCAUUGUGACUGCUGAGUUCGACUCAUUCUACUUGAUAAACACUUAUGUUCCUAACUCCGGAGAUGGCUUGAAAAGACUGUCAUACAGGGUUGAAGAAUGGGAUCGAACUCUCAGUAAUUAUAUCAAAGAGCUGGAGAAGUCUAAACCUGUAAUCUUGACUGGUGAUUUAAACUGUGCUCAUGAAGAAAUCGACAUCUACAAUCCUGCGGGGAACAAAAGAAGUGCUGGUUUCACAAUAGAAGAAAGACAAUCAUUUGGAGAAAACUUCUUGGAGAAGGGCUUUGUGGAUACCUUUAGAAAGCAGCAUCCUGGUGUUGUUGGUUAUACUUAUUGGGGUUAUCGCAGUGGUGCACGCAAAACCAAUAGAGGAUGGAGACUGGACUACUUCUUGGUGUCUGAAUCAAUUGCAGCCAAUGUCCAUGAUUCUUACAUUCUCCCUGAUGUCAAUGGCAGUGAUCAUUGCCCUAUUGGCCUUAUUCUCAAGCUCUGAUCUAUUUCAGAGCUUCACUCUUCCAUGCUUUUUGUUUUGGUGUUUUGGCUUUGCUCUAAAUGGUUAUCAGCGACAGAGUUUUUUUUCCUUUUCUUUCAGUAAAAGAUAUUACCUCAAACAGAACAAUUAGUUCCUAGUGUUGGCCAAUAUAUGCUCAUGAUUUACUUUCAUU